AUGUACAAAAUCCUGCUAACUUUAACCUUUCUCGAUUUUCUUGAUAGUGCAAUCAAUUUCGACACUCCGGUAAUUCUCGACGGAACUCUAAACUCGAAUGUCGAACGAAAAUGUCCCGAUGGCUGGGCAUCGUUUCAAAGACAAAAGGGAUUGUAUUGUAUCAAAGUGUUCUAUCCGCCACCAUAUUGGUAUACUCAACCACAAGCACAAGCAAUGUGUAAUGAGAUGGGGGCAAGAUUGACGGGCAUUGAGACACCGGCAGAGAGAAAUUAUAUUGAACGAAGUGCUGUGACGAUUAUGAGGAAUUUGAGUUUGACAGAGACGAGAAUUUGGAUUGGUGGUGUGAGGAAUGUUAAUUGUUUUAAACCAAAUCCUGUGCAAAAAUGCUCGGAUGUAAGUCAAGAAAAAUUUAUCUUCGUUAAAAUUAUGUUUCAGGUAAGAUAUGCUUUCAGUUGGUCUGACGGCAAUGUAGUCGGUAAUGAUCAGAUUAUUUUUGAUGCUGGUCAACCGGAAAAUCAAGCAAAUGGUCAACAAUGUCUUCAGAUGUCUGUUUCAUUAUUUCCAACAACUAGCGAUGUGGUCACUUUAUAUGGUCGAAUUUCUCUUCUCGAUGAUAUUAGUUGUGAUGUAAAUCAAGAGGGUUGGCAUCAAAUUAGAUACGCGUUAUAUGCUUGCGGAAAACGGGCACCAAUUGUUAGCUAUGACACUUAUUGA